AUGAAGAACAUUGCCAAAAAUAAUCGGGUGUACGUUAUUGCGAAUCUGUCAACGAAUCACGAGGGAAACGCGACUCUGGCCUGCGAACUGAUCGAAACAGCAUGCAAAUGUGGCGCGGAUUAUGUGUUAAUGGAACUUGAUGAAAAUACUAAUCCAUUAUUUACAUGCGAAGAUAUUAAAAAUUUUCAUAAGUUAGCGCAAGAUAAUGGAGCCGUUUUCACCACUAAAUCGUUAAUGAAUUCAAUACGUCAAAUUUCUCCUAUACAAGAAUUUAAGAAUACAAAUAAUGACGAGGACGAAAUUAGUAGUGAUUUGCAAUUACCGUUUCCUUCGAUUCCAGAAAAGGAUAUUUCCGAAGACCGUAAAUCGUACGAAACCGUCGAUCUCGUCGAAAAAAUACAACAAAAAUUUCCCAAACAUGAACUUCAAUUUUGGGAAUAUCAAGAAAUGAGCACAUGUCUUCCUGAAGUGGUUGUUGCUAUUGGAAUAAAAGCGAUAUCUUGCAAGUUUACGUUAGACGAUAAAUCCAUUGGAUACGAUCACGCGAUGUCUAUCUCCGCUCGUGACUUUCGUACUAUGGUGACCAAUAUUAGGACAGUUGAAGUUGCACUAGGAACAGGGAAAAAGGAUAAACUCUCCCCAUCUGAACUGCCGUGUUUCAAAAAGUUAUUCAAAAGUAUUGUAGCUGCCAAAAAUUUAGAGCGUGGAUCCAUAUUAAAAGCAGAGGAUAUGAAAAUUAAAGUCAGUGACACACAGAGCAUGUGUGGAUUUUACUUUCCAGUAGUAAUCGGUCGACAGUUAUUAUCUGAAGUUGAUGAAGAUGAUCCAAUUUUUGUUUCUGAUUUCGAUGGACUGCAACAUUAUACGUAUUAUAUGCCAUUUGAUGAACCAGUACCAGAUUAUAGCGGAUAUUUACCUGAAAUCGAUCUGGGACGAUCUAUACAUUUUAAAAGCCCGUGUUAUAUUAUUGCUGAAAUAGGACAAAAUCAUCAAGGUGAUAUAAUGAUGGCUAAAAAAUUGAUCAAAUUGGCCAAAAAAUGUGGUGCAGAUUGUGUAAAAUUUCAAAAAAGUUGCAUAAAUGAAAAAUUUACAUUGUUGGCCAGAAAUAGACUGUACGAUAGUAAAAAUUCUUUCGGUACAACUUACGGUGAACAUAAACAUUUUUUAGAAUUCACCGAAGAUCAAUACAAGGAAUUAAGGAGAUAUGCUGUAAAAAAAAUCGGAAUUCAUUUUACUGCUUCAGCAAUGGACCCGGUUUCAUUUGAUUUCAUUGUUAGCCUCAAAGUGCCGUUCGUGAAAAUCGGUUCAGGCGAAUCUGGGAACGUGAUGUUAUUGGAAAAAGCGGCCAAGGCUUAUGUUCCACUGGUUAUAUCCACCGGCAUGCAGACACUGGCUGAUAUACGAAUUACUUAUGAGACAGUUAGUCGAUACCAUAAUUAUUUCGCACUAUUACACUGUGUAUCUGCGUAUCCGACACCACCGGACGAAGCCAAUCUGAACAUGAUCAAGACGCUUCGCAAGUCUUUUCCAAAUACGAUUAUUGGUUACUCUGGCCACGAAGUUGGCUCUUCUUUAACCACUGCAUCAGUAGCACUCGGCGCCAAAAUUAUUGAAAGACAUAUCACAUUGGAUAGAAAUAUGAAGGGGUCGGAUCAUAUCUGUUCGUUAGAUCCUUCGCAGUUCAGCAAACUUGUUAGAGACAUUCGUUAUAUCGAAAGAAAUUUAGCUAUUUAAUAAUUGUAUUGUAAUAAUUAAUAAUGCAUAUCUCAAUAUCGGUAUUACCUUAAAGUGUUCAUUUGCAAAUUUUAUUUUUACUUAAUAUUGUAUUUUAAUGUAAUUAUUUUCUAAAAAAUCAUGGUAUAUAGAUGUACACUGUACAAUAUA